AUGUCUAACGUUACAGAAUAUAAUCUCUCUAAUCUCCCGACAGCUGAAACUGUUUUAGAGCUUGAAGAAAAUGAUAUCAAUGUAAUAUUUAGCCAAAAUGUCACUGGUAAAGCCUUCCUUCGUUUGAAAGAAGAACAACUCACUCGUGAUCCUGGCCCGUUCAAACUGCUAUUUGGACCGGCUUCAGCAAUCGCAGGUAUGGUUAAACAAAUUAAUGGAGAUGGUAAUCAAGAACAAGAAUCUUUAAAAAGACAUAUUGAGAAAGUCGUCAAAGAAAAAGUAAGCGAUCUUAGACGUGAUGUGAAAAAAGUACGUUAUUUUGCAGAAGCAUGGCUCAGUUCACCUG